AGCAAGACUUGUAGGAGCACAACAAAUCUCUGUCAACACUGAACACUGAGAGGAUGGGUUCUCAUAAAAGCAGCAAUGGAGAAAAUUGCCUUUCCAUUCCAUGUGAAUCUCCAAAUAUCGAACAGUUGGAGGACAUGUUACAUGAAGGUCAGCUUUCAUGUAAUCAUGUUGAUGAAGUCUGGCCCAAUUUAUUUCUGGGAAACAUGUAUAUGUCUCAUGAUAGAUAUGGUCUUUGGAGACUCGGUAUUACCCAUGUUCUGAAUGCUGCUCAUGGUAAAAUGUGUUGCAAAGGAAGUGAUGAUUUCUAUGGCACAACAGUGAAGUAUUAUGGAGUGGCAGCUAAUGAUCUUCCUACAUUUGACAUGUCAGUUUUUUUCUACCCUUCAUCAAAAUACAUUCAUCAGGCGCUCAGCACUGCAGGAGCCAAGAUUUUUGUACACUGUGCUGUUGGAGUGAGUCGCUCUGCGACCCUGGUCUUGGCUUAUUUAAUGAUCUAUCACGAUUACACAUUGGUGGACGCUAUCCAGAAAGUUAAAGAGAAGAGAUGGAUUUUUCCAAAUCGAGGAUUUCUUAGGCAGCUUAUAACCCUGAAUUCCAAAUUACAAAGAAAAUCUCAGAAUGAGUGACUUUGACAUACAGAAGACU